AUGGGCAGCAUCCAUCUUCCAUCGCAUGAAGCCCGCCUGGCAUGUCGCCAAAAUAAACUCACCAACACGGCCGGGGUGGCUCCAGGCUAUCUACAAGCCAAUUUGUUAAUUCUACCAGCCCAACACGCAACAGACUUUCACGAUCUUUGCCUUCGCAAUCCAGUCUCGUGUCCACUAUUGGGAAAGACACCUACCCCCGGAGAUGCACGCACCGUCCAACCUUCCGAGUGCAUUCAAUCGGCAGACUUUGACAUUCGCACGGAUUUCCCACAAUAUCGCAUCUACCAGAACGGGAAAUAUCUCGAGAGUCGACGGGAUCUCCUCGAUGUAUGGACUUCUAGUCAUGUCGGCUUCUUGAUUGGAUGUUCGUUCUCCUUUGAAGAUGCCUUGACCGUGGCGGGCUUGCAACCACGCCAUCAACGAACUAGUACUAUUGUCGCGAUGUAUCGCUCAAAUAUACCGCUGCUACCUGCGGGUGUUUUCACGGGUGGUAACUGCAUCGUGUCCAUGCGUCCCUAUCGGCUAGAUCAGAUCGACCGAGUAAGAGAGGUGACUCGCCCGUAUUUGUCGACCCACGGGGAACCGGUUGCUUGGGGAUGGGAAGGGGCAAAGCAAUUGGGGAUCAAGGAGAUCAAUAAGCCAGACUUUGGGGAGCCGCAGGUCUUUGAAGAGGGGGAAGUGCCAGUAUUCUGGGCUUGUGGUGUGACACCACAGAUGGCAGUGGAGGCUGCUGGCGACCGGAUCAAGGGGCUAGUCUUCGCUCAUGAGCCUGGCCAUAUGCUUGUAACGGACUGGACGUCAGACGAUCUGGACAAACUACGACCAGGAAUCAUCUAG